AUGCUGAAGUCUGACCAGACAGAAUGCGUACAAAUCUUGGACAUACUCGAUAUAAUCACCAAGCCAUGCCUUACUAACCGUAGCAUUCGUUCUGAUGACGAUGCAAGUGAACUGACAUGUUAUCGCAAAUUUGCAAAGGUACUCGAUGAAAUCUUAGAUAACAUCAUGUUAGACAUUCUGGAUGGAGAAAGAGUAUCUAAAGCUUCCAAGACCGUGGCCAAAAACCUAGAAAAAACAUAUAAUUCAAGCAUUCCUUUGCACAAUGGUUUUGGUAGAAGAAUCGACUUGAUUCUUGCGACGAAAGAUAUAGAGCUGUCCACGAGCGAGUGGAAAAAGAAGAAGACUCCUGCUGCCAAAUGUCUACAACAACAAGCGAAGAACAUCAGAAUCAACAAGGCAAUCUUGAGAUACUUUUUGGACCUUCCUAUCUCUGAAACUGACAAGAGCAAGGUGAUAACAGUUGGUAUGGAUUGGACGGGUAACAUGGAGUACAUGUUUGCUGUCAAGCCACUUGAUGAUGUCUUUGUCACCAGAACACUUUACACACUCACUAUACCCACAUAUAUUGAUGAACUACCCUCUUUUAUUGAUACUCUUGACCAUCUUUAUUCAUGGCGUAAUUAUCAUGUACUUUUAAGGAUAUUAUUCUUAAAACUCUUUCUAAACGCGAAAAAGAGAGGUUUUUUUUACUCUGUGCUUGGCUCCUCUACCACCACCACUACUGAUGGUAGUACCUCACCCAAUAUUUACUUGACGCCUACCCAAUCUCGCCGAAGAAGAGCUAUAUCUGACAUUCAAGACGAAGAGCAAGAAGAGUAUCGAGAAGAUUACGAAGAUGAGGAUGAAUGA